AUGGGGGGCGGAGGGUCUGCCCUGAGGGUCUGCGCGGACCACCGCGGGGGCAUCAACUGGCUCAGCCUGAGCCCCGACGGGCAGCGCCUGCUGACGGGCAGCGAGGACGGCACGGCCCGACUCUGGAGCACCGCGGACGGCCAGUGCUGCGCCCUCCUGCAAGGGCACGAAAGCUACGUGACCUUCUGCCAGCUGGAGGAUGAAGCCGCCUUCACGUGCAGUGCUGACUGCACCAUCAGGAAGUGGGACGUGCUGACCGGGCAGUGUCUGCAGGUGUUCCGGGGACACACGUCCAUUGUGAACAGGAUCCUGGUCGCCAACAAUCAGCUCUUCAGCAGCUCCUACGACCGGACAGCUCGAGCCUGGAGUGUGGACAAGGGGCAGGUGGCCCGGGAGUUCCGGGGCCACCGCAACUGUGUGCUGACUCUAGCCUACUCUGCCCCCCAGGACCUCCCUGGGGCUCCGUGCGCGGAGGAGGCCGUGGCCAGGGGACUCCUGGUGACCGGCAGCACGGAUGGCACGGCCAAGGUCUGGCAGGUGGCCAGCGGCUGCUGCCAUCAGACACUGCGGGGCCACACAGGUGCCGUGCUCUGCCUGGUGCUGGCCACGCCCGGCCACACGGCCUUCACUGGCAGCACGGAUGCCACCGUCCGGGCCUGGGACAUCCUGAGUGGGCAGCAGCUGCGUGUGUUCCAGGAGCACCAGGGCUCCGUCAUCUGUUUGGAGCUGGUGAACCGGCACGUGUACUCAGGCAGCGCCGACAGGACGGUCAAGUGCUGGCUGGCAGACACGGGCGAGCGUGUGCGCACGUUCGCGGCCCACAGACACAGCGUGAGCGCCCUCAAGUACCACGCGGGCACCUUGUUCACGGGCAGCGGGGACGCCCGCGCGCGCGCCUUCGACGCCCAGUCUGGAGCUCUGCGGAGGGUGUUCCGCGGCCACGCCUUCAUCAUCAACUGCAUCCAGGUGCACGGCCAGGUGCUCUACACGGCCUCGCACGACGGCGCGCUGCGCCUCUGGGACGUGCGCGGCCUCCCGCGCGCCCCGCCGCCGCGUCCCGCCGCCCCCAAGCGCAGCCUCUCGCGCCUCUUCAACAACAAAGUGGGCUGCGCCGCCGCCGCGCCCCUGCAACCGGCCUGA